UGUCAAACUCACGUGGCCUUCUAACCUCACUUUUUAAUGUUUUUCAUGUUUCACAAACAAUUUUAUUUUUGUCUUAAAAUCUUUAUUCUUUACUAAUAAAUACACAGUAAACCUCUCAAAAAAGGCGUCAUGGACGAAGACCAAGAAGAAAAACCCCUAAAUUUCCACGAAAUGGAGUUAGAUGACCGCAUAUUAAAAGCCAUAGCGAAACUCGGCUGGGCAGUUCCGACUCUAAUACAAGAAAAAGUGAUUCCGCUAGUGCUGGAAGGUAAAGAUGUCUUAAUUCGGGCCCGGACUGGAUCAGGAAAAACUGCCGCUUUCGCCGUCCCCGUGAUUCAGAAAAUUCUAAAUUUCAAACAGACCACAACACAUCAAGAAACGAAGGCACUAAUCCUGGCACCCAGCAAAGAACUGUGCAACCAAAUAUGUAAAGUCUUAAAAGAUUUAACCAUAAAGUGCUCUCGAGAAGUAAAAUGCCUUGAUAUUGCUCCACAAGAAGAUUUAACUAUUCAGAAACCAUUGCUCACUGAGAAACCUGACAUUAUUGUAGCUACCCCGGCAAGGUGUCUUCAACAUAUACUAGCUGGUAAUAUUAACCUAAAAAAGUGCUUAGAGAUUCUUGUUAUUGAUGAGGCGGAUUUAGUAUUCUCUUUUGGCUAUGAAGCUGAAAUUAAACAGCUUCUAGACCACUUGCCUAGUGUCUAUCAAGCUAUACUAGCCUCAGCCACUCUCAGUGAAGAUGUAAAAAGCUUAAAACAGAUUGUUCUACACAACCCAGUAACUUUGAAACUAGAAGAGCCAGAGCUUGCCCCUUCAAGCCAAUUGACGCACUACCAUCUUAAGGCAGAGGAAAUUGACAAAGCCACCAUAUUAUGCACUUUACUCAAGUUACAUCUAAUUAGAGGGAAAACUAUUAUAUUUGUCAAUACUGUAGAUAAAUGUUAUAAAAUCAGAUUGUAUCUGGAACAGUUUGGUGUAAGAACUUGUGUAAUGAACUCAGAGUUGCCCUCAGCAAUCCGAUGCCACUCAGUAAAUCAGUUUAAUCAAGGAGUCUAUGAUAUUAUAGUAGCUUCAGAUGAAAAAUCCUUAGAAUCCCCUGGAACAGAAUCAGCCCCUGAACCAACAAAGAGGUUCAAAAGAAAUAAGGACAAAAACAGUGGGGUGUCAAGGGGCAUAGAUUUCCAGUGUGUAUCAAAUGUAAUCAACUUUGACUUUCCCUUGGAUGUGCAAUCUUAUAUCCAUAGGGCAGGUCGCACUGCUAGAGGUAAUAACCAGGGCAGUGUGUUAUCUUUUGUCAGUAUGAAGGAGCUUCCCUUGCUAGAAAAAAUUGAAAAUAAACUAAAACAAGGACAAGAUGAUUCAGUCUCCUUAUUUAAGUCCUAUCAGUUUAAAUUAGAAGAGGUAGAGUCAUUUAAAUAUAGGGCAAAAGAUGCUUGGCGAGCUGUAACUAAAAUUGCUGUAAGAGAAGCCAGACUGAAGGAAAUCAAACAGGAAAUAUUCAAUUGUCAAAAGCUGAAAAGUUACUUUGAAGACAACCCAGCAGAUUUGCAAGUUUUAAGGCAUGACAAGGCAUUACAUACUGUUAAGGUGCAAAGGCAUUUGUCAAAUGUACCUGAAUAUAUUGUGCCUCCCACAUUAAAAAAUCUGUCAGGCAUAGGUAAGAAGAAUAAGAGGAAAAGAGAUUAUCAGUCUUCAAAUAUUGCAUCAAAAAUCAAGGCUAAAAAAAAUAAUCCCCUUGCUGCUAUGCAGUUUGAGGGAUUUAAGAAGAAAAGGAAGAAGAUUGCUUAAUUUUUUUAAAUUGUAAAUAUAGAAAUAAAAAUUUUUUUUUUAUUAA